GAGUUUGCACUGAAAAAGCUAAUUUUCUGCUUGCUAAUAUUACAGAUUCCUCUAGUGUUGACCAGGAUUACAACAGCAUAUGUGAAGCGAUACUUGCCACUGCCGAAAAAACUCUGAAGAAGAAGAAGACCAGUAAAUACAGCAAGGGAUGGUGGUGUCCUGAACUUACAAAGAAACUAAAAGAAGUAAGGAAGGCAAAACGCAAUUUCAAUAAAAGGUCGGAUCCCAAUAAUUGGGACAAAUACUCAAAACUAGCCAAUGAAUUCACUAAGAUGGCUGAUCUAUACAAAGACCAAUAUUGGUAUAAUCUGUUCAAGCAACUUGACUCGAAAAACACUGAUAAAAUGUGGAAAGUUGUCAAAAAUUACAACAAGUCAGGUACAACCAAACCCAGUGUACAACCACUAAUACGAAAGGAUGGUUCUUUUGCAAUAACAGAUAGUGAAAUUGCCAAUGAAUUUUUAGUGAAAUACGGCAAAGAGGAGCUAUCCAUUUGUAACAAAAACUGGCAAAGUCAAAUAGAGAUCGGCUCUAAACUAGCUGUCAAUUUAGAAAAACUUGAAAUCAGCUUGCCUAACUAUAGCAGCGACUGUAGUAUUGAAAACAAAGAUCUUAACAUUGGGGAACUCAUAACAGCCAUAAACAAAUCAAACAGCUUAUCUGCCCCGGACCCCAGAGAAAAGAUAUUUUACAUUUU